CACACACACACACACACACAGUGGAACAGUAACAGUGAAGGUAAGUGUUCAUACUUUACAACAUUUCAGUAAGAUUAAUUGUUCCUGAAGUACCUGUUCUAGACAUUGUAUGCAGUGGACUGUUCUGCUAAGAACUGCGAUGGGGAGAAUUACAGAUUUCUGUCCAUGUAUGAAAUUGCCAAUUACAUGUAUCUCUUGAAUGGGCGUAACAAAAUUGUUAGAGAAAUUGCAUUGCCACUCAGUAUGGAUGGUCAAUUGACUCCACAUGUCUGUUCACCUGAAGGAUCUUCCAGUUAGAAGAUGCAGAGUUUUGGGACAUGGACAGUGGCAGUAGCAGCAGCACUGGUGAUCAGUCUGAUGGGAGUUCACACUAAACACCUGGUAGCUGAAAACACCCAUCUCCUGACCUCUGAAGAGCACAAGAUGGUCCUCAACCAGGGAAUGAAAGGUAUGGAUGACAUUACUGUAUUAUUGAUGUAAUGUAAUUGCCAACAUAAUGUAGAGAUGGAUUCUACAGUAGGACUUAUGGCUGUAUCUGUAGUUGUCGUGUCGUUUCAGUGGGAUUUAAUUUGGGCUUCAAAUUGUAUUGAUUGACAAGAGCUUUACUCUUGAUGAUGUGGAACGUGUAGCCUUAUGUGUGUGCUGCUUGAAGUAUCAUAUCUUUGCUGAUAGACAAACUAGUUUGUUUUGAAUAUCUGUUAUUCUGGAGGUAGUUCAAAUGCCAAAGCGUAGACCGAAUGAUUUACUGACCCUUCUACACUUCAUACUUGACGACGUUGUUUCAAUAAACUUCUUACACGUUUCACGUUUCUUACCUGCUGUUGAGAACAAUAGUGUAUCGUAGUGACACACUUUUGUCAGACUAAACAGCAGAGAUACUACGAUAGAGCAUCAAUGUUUGACUACGCUUAUCAUGGACACGUUGAAAUCCCAUGUAUUUUGAAACUGCCAACAGUCAUGAAGAUUAGCCCAUCGAUGAUAAGACAGGGAGUGGCAGGUUAAUCAUCAUGGUCCAUCAUCAUUCAAUACCUUGAAUAGGUGUAAACAAUGCUUAGAAAAAUAAAUCCAGAUUAUCUGCUUUGAUUUACUCAACUUGUCCUCAUGUUACUCUUCAACUCUUUGUGCAAUCUACGUACUGUGGGUGUUAAUUCAGUUUGUUGCUAUUUCACCCUGCAGAGUAUCCCAGGGACUGUUAUGAGAUGUUGAUGGGUUCAGGGGGUCAGGCCAGAGAUGGAGUGUACUUGAUUCAGCCAGGUGACUACCCCAUCCUGGCCUACUGUGCCAUGCAAGAGGGUGGUUGGACUGUAGUGCAGCACAUCACAGUUAACAGCAGCGUGGACUUCGACCGCACCUGGGUCGAAUACAAGCAGGGUUUUGGGGUCCUGAAUGGUGACCACUGGCUGGGGAACGAACACCUCCACCACCUCACCCGAGGGCCUGGACGCUACAAACUGGGGGUCAAACUGGUGGACAAAGAUGCCAUCGCCAAGAUGGGCGAGUAUGACCCUUUCAUGGUGGAGGACGAGCGGUCCGGGUUCAGGCUGCGUCUGGGUCUGUUCCAGGGCUCUGCCUUAGACGCUCUCACCCAGGACACAGAGAAUUACCUGCAUGACAACCAGAGGUUUACCACCAAGGACCGAGACAACGACAACUACUUCCAAAACUGUGCUAAGCUGGAGUUCCAGGGUGUGGCGGGAGGGGGCUGGUGGUACGAUGCCUGUGCUGGGGCCAACCUCAACCGCAGGAACGUGAUCUACUGGCAGAAGGACUGCAACAAGGAGCACCUGUGUAAAUACGCCUGGAUGAUGGUAAAGCCCUCAGACACAGUAAAGGUGGUCCACACUGGGGACUGUAAGAAGGAUGAAUUGUGAGUCAGUUGUCUGGAGAUUAGGUUGAUCCAUACCAUCUGUGGUUAUACUAAUGUAGUGGUUUUCAAAACAUUGUUUACGUAAUAGAGACAAUAGUUCAACACAUUUAAUUCAGAAAUACGCAGAGACAUACGAUCACAAAAUACUGUAAAGAAAACAGUUCAGUAUCAACUGAUUUUUCACACAUUUUUUUAAGUAAUAAAAAAAAAGCAAUAGUUAUUUUGGGGAUUUCAUACAUUUAAGUCUCCCCCUCUAACUUUCCCCAAAAAUUGCAAGUGCAGUUUUCUGUAUGUCUAAAUGAUCACAGAUACAAAAUAUUUUGUGGUCAUGAUAUCAUAGCUUAUUACACAUGUAAAACCACUUUUGCAGUAUUUAUUUACUCACUCACCUAAUAUCACUGAAUGAAUGUGUUGGUUGUUGGCACAAAAAACAAGAUGUACUGGAUCAAAAUUAGAUUACAUCCAGUAAGUUUACAGUAGAUUUUCUUAUGACACAUUUGAUUAAAUAACUAGAUUUGAAAGUGGUUCUGGCCAAUUGAAAUUCUGUAAAUGUAAUGUCUAGCAAUGGGUACAUGAGAAUGAUACAGUGCAGCACAGAAUGACCAGAACAAAAGCCUGUAUCCUGAGUACAGACAGACAUUAAACACAUUCUAAUUAAUACAUUUACGUCAUUUAGCAGACGCUCUUAUCCAGAGCGACUUACAGG